CCCAUUCGAUCGUGUAGUCAAAUGUAUAAACUAUUUCAUAGAGAGGAUUCCCACUCGAUCGUGCCCGUAUGCAAACGUGUAAUAACCCUAGGAGAAUAUCGAGUGUGUAUGACGGACUAUGCACGCAAUUAUAUUAUACUAAGAUGAACGGAAUAAUAAAUGGUAAAUCGAUGUGCGGAAUGUGCUGACACAUUUGUUUCUGCCAUCGAAUGUUUGGUCUGAUUGCUUGAGAAGACAAUCGGACAAGUACAGAGCACUCUCAUUUACAGCUAAACAAUGACCUUCUUGCAGAGUUUAGUUAAAAGCUGUUGGACAGGAGAUCAGCAGUGCCCCUUGAACAACGUUCCACCAUCUUUACCAGCUCCGACCGAUAGGAAAACUACAAUAGACAGAACCCAAAGUGAUAACCCCCCUUCACCCGGACAAGAGGUUGAGGUUUUGAGACGAAAUUCUGUUUCCAACGCGUAUGUUUUCACAUUAAAUGAGCUUAAAACCAUUACAAAAAACUUCAGAUCGGAUUUUCUGUUGGGGGAAGGAGGGUUUGGCAGAGUUUACAAGGGUUUCAUUGAUGAGGACAUGAAACCAGGGCUUAAUGCCCAGACGGUUGCUGUCAAGGUCCUUGAUCUAGAAGGUCAUCAGGGCCACAAAGAAUGGCUGGCAGAAGUCAUUUUUCUGGGACAGUUGAGUCAUCCUCAUUUGGUGAAACUUAUUGGCUAUUGCUCUGAAGAUGAAAACAGGCUGCUGGUUUAUGAGUUUAUGGCUAAAGGAAGUCUUGAAAAUCAUCUUUUUCGAAAGAUGUCUGUUCCACUUUCUUGGUCAACAAGAAUGAAGAUUUUACUUGGGGCCGCCAAGGGGUUAGCUUUUCUUCAUUGUGCUGAGAAACCAGUUAUCUAUCGUGAUUUUAAGACAUCAAAUAUUCUGCUCGACAAUGAUUAUGUGGCAAAGCUAUCAGACUUUGGACUUGCAAAAGGUGGGCCAGAAGGUGACCAGACUCAUGUUUCAACUCGUGUCAUGGGUACAUAUGGUUAUGCAGCUCCUGAGUAUGUCAUGACUGGUCAUCUGACAGCCAAAAGUGACGUUUACAGCUUUGGUGUAGUAUUACUUGAAAUGCUGACUGGUAGACGGUCAAUGGAUAAGACAAGGCCUAGCAGAGAAUACAACCUGGCUGAGUGGGCUCGUCCACUUCUUAAUGACAAAAGGAAGUUGUUACAGAUACUUGACCCUAGGCUGGAGGGAGAAUAUUCUGUAAAGGGAGCUCAGAAAGCUGCAAACUUGGCCUAUCACUGUCUUAGCCAAAAUCCUAAAUCCAGGCCACUCAUGAAAGAUGUUGUUGAAACGUUGGAACCUCUUCAAAUUGCUAAUGAUUUGGCAAAUAUAUCUUUCAUAUACACUGUGGGUAAUGGUUUGACUACAUGUGAGAUUCAUCGUCAGUCAACGGAAAACGCUAACCUAGGAAAUGCCUCGUAGAAUUACCAUAGUGAUUAACUCACUAGUAACAGAGUUUUGGAAGAACAAUCCUUAUUCACAGAAUUUUUUUUAAAGCAUCCAGACAGAGAACUAUAACCGUAUGUACUAUGGAGAUUAAGUUCAUCUGUUAUUAUCUGAAAUCAACGUUCAUCUGUUAUCGUCUGACAUCAUUAAGCUCUCCUGUUGGAUAACAUAAAUUGAACAUAAAUUACUUGGAACCUGUUGCUUGUCGCCACAUCAAUCCACAGAAGAUCUUGUGCAGUGCUCCUGGUAAAUUCUGCUUACCUGAUCAACUCUUUUCAGGUGCGGCUUAUUGUAUUCCAUGUAAGAAACUACACAACCCUACUGACACAGAAGUCAAUUUGUCAUAGGUGAUACUUUUAAGCUGAAUGUUCACAAACAUUCUGCUUGUAUUUACUCAUAUUCUUAUUUCAUAGUGUAUAGAUUAUUUCUAACCCUAGCUGAAGACUGUAAGAUAUAAUCUUUCUAUUUGCAAUGAAUAGCAUUCUGAUGAUUUUACUUUUCAA